AUGAAGAUCUUUUCCGCAACCCUGUGCCUUGCUGCUGCUGUCUGCGUCUCAGCUCAGUCCGCCCCCGAGCAAGGAGCCCAACAAUCCUACUUUGCCCUUGCCCUGCAGCGCGAAGACCCCCAAGAUACCGUCAGCGAGUUCGAGUACCGUGGUGAUAUCCUUGCCCAAUUCAACAUCGGUGGAUUUGAAGCACAAGUAGUCGCAUCGCCACCAUCGACAGAGCACAAAGAAACAGGAGAUCUUUGCAAGGAUGUUCCCAACUUUGUUAAAAAAAUUCUCCCGGGCGUGGACACUUUCGUUAAUGGUACCUUGGGUCCUCUUGCCAUUCCCGAUACCAUCAAGACGAUCAUUAAGGCGGCCAUCGGCGCUGUCAAGGUUGCCCUUGAGAAGAUUGGACUUGGAGACAUUUCCGAUGCGGCUUUUGGCGCCGUGAAUACAGCCCUCAAUGCUGUCGUUUCAGCUCUCAAGAUGGCCAUCGUCAUUCCCGUUGUCGGGCCCUUGAUCGCAAAUGUCGUGGACUACAUCACCCCUAUCCUUCAGAUCUUUGAGUCCGUCAAAGGAUGUGACAAGUCCAAGAUUGCGAUCGAGCCUGCCAUGUGCGGCGACCUUGCCGACAUCUACCGCGCUGGCGUCAAGUCUGCUACCCAGAGCUUCCCUGCCGCCAGCGAUGCCAACAACGAGGAGCUCAAGAACCUGAUCUCUGCCGCAGUUUCCAUCAUUGGUCUCAUGGACCAGUCCUCGAUCGCCAGCUCGAACGAUGCCCUCCUGACGACCCGCCCCAUCUUCUCAGCUAGCCUCUUGGACCAGUACCGCCAGGAGAUUGUCCAAAAGGCCGACUCUGAUGCCCUCAAGCAAUUCGUCCAGGCCGACCUUGCCGUCCUCAUCAGCAUCUCCAAUGCCCUUGAGGCCUGUCUCCAUGUCGCGGCUGACCCCGAGGCUGCUGCUGAUGAGUUGGUUGAGGAGUACGAGGCCUUAACUGAGGACGACGAAUAUGAUGACGAGGAGUAA